AUGACUUUGAUGGGCGGCUCUAGUGGUAUCUACGGAUCUAGCAUACCUACUACCAGGCUGACACGUUCCUAUACAGUCCCCCCUGCUACAAGUAACGUACCCUUGUCCAGUUCAGGAAACUCCGGAUCUAACAGUGCAAACAACAGCCCAAAUGGAGACUUUAUACCUAAAUCUGUGAGCCUUCUGGCUGCUCAGAGCAGGAUAGAGACGCUUAAGGAAUGGAGCGUGAACACUUUCAAAACCACAAAACAGUUUGUGUCCGAAAGGUUAGGCAAGGGGUCCAAAACUGUUGACCUCGAGGUGGAGAGCAGCAUUGAGUCGCUGAGAGACACUCAGAGAAAGUAUGCAAAUAUCCUUCGCUUGGCUCGAGCCCUGACGACACAUUUCGCUAAUGUUGUGCAGACACAGAAGGCUCUGGGAGAAAGUUUCUCGGAGCUGGCUCAGAAAUCGCCAGAACUUCAAGAAGAAUUUAUUUAUAAUUGUGAGACACAGCGAACUCUAGUCAAGAAUGGGGAAAUUCUCUUGGGAGCCCUCAAUUUCUUUACUUCAUCCGUGAACACAUUAUGUAACAAAACCAUAGAGGACACACUGUUGACGGUCAGCCACUAUGAAAGUGCCAGAUUAGAAUACGACGCUUACAGAGCUGACUAUGAAGGUCUAGAGGCUGGUCCAAGAGAGGCAGCAACACAGCUGAAGCUACAGGACGCUAAGAGGAAGUUUGAGGAGCAUAAGAUUAAGUUUGAACGACUGCGAGGAGAUGUCCAGAUUAAACUCCGCUUUCUGGAUGAAAACCGGGUGAAAGUUAUGCAUAAGCAGCUUCUCCUCUUCCACAACGCAAUCUCCGCUUACUUCAGUGGGAAUGCAUCAGCCUUGGAGGCCACACUCAAGCAGUUCAAUAUACAGCUGAAGCGACCCAAUGCUGAAAAGCCCUCAUGGAUAGAGUCUUGA